UUUUUCUUUAACCUGGCAUGAAGUUUGGCAAUUAUCUGGCCGAGAGAAAAGCACAACUGUCAGCCGAUUAUGCUGAACACUGUAUUGAUUACACACAACUUAAAUCAUUUUUAAAAACAGAUGUGUACUCUCAUUCGAUUAAACUCAAGGACAACAACGAUAAUAACACACCCUUUGCUAAACUAGUAUCCGAACGUUUAGCUCAGUUACAGAAAUGCGAAGUUAUCUUUAUUGAAAAAUUGGAUAUUGAAGUAAACAAGGCCAAUAAGUUCUUUGAGCAAGAAUCAAAAGCGCUAGCCAGCCAGUCUUCAACAGCAGACCCUUCUGAAUUACUCAAGAAGAUCAUCACGCUUGAACGUUUUGUAUUCUUGAAUUAUACAGGCAUUACUAAAAUCUUGAAAAAGAAUGAUCGUCACUCAGGCCUUGCAUUAUCAGAACCUUAUUUACAACGUGUGGCAGCAUUAUCUCUUGUUAAGGCUGAAGAACUCACAAAACUCAAACGCUCCGUAAUGAAUAAACUUAGCCGAGAACACCAAUUAGAAUUCGGCAACAGUUCUCCUAUUAUGGUCAGAAGCCGAUCUGCUCAUGUAAAUACAUCUUCUGUUCUACCUCCUGCCUUUGUGGGCCCUAACCAAAAAGUGUUGGUCUCAUUGGCUGGUCCUCAUGGUACAGAUAUUGUUGGCGCUGUUUUGGAUUGCCUUGCACGCCAUCCUUGUGAAAUUGACGAUUUCAUGCUUUCUCGUCUGUACCACAAUGUUACCUUUGGUGUCUUGAUUACCCUUCAAUCCGAUAAUGUGGCCGUAUUCCGUGAUUUGGCUGAAGCUGCUCAGAAGUGGGAUGCUACAUUGACUUACGAUAUUCCUGAUUCUCAACAUGACAAAAAAGAAAAGCGUAUUUCUAGCGAGCCUGUCUAUAUCCCUUCCUCUCUUGAAGAAGCACCGUAUUCUGAAAGAAUCAAAUAUGCUGCCACCAUCUUGAACCAGAAUGGCCUUAACACAGUUAUCUUGAGCGAAUGGACACACUUAUUACUUAAGCACCGUAUCUCAGUUGAAAAGAUGACCCGUUUGAACAAAGACAACCAUAUCUUAUCUUGCGCUGAUUUGCGUCUGAGUGUGCCUGGUGGUGUUGACAUGGAUGCUUUGCGUACAGAAUUGAUUGGUUUAUCAGCAAGUCAUGGAACAGAUAUUGCUUUCCAACGUGAUGAUGUAUUUAGAAAGAACAAGCGUUUAGUAGUAUUUGAUAUGGACUCCACUUUGAUCUAUCAAGAAGUUAUUGAUGAAAUCGCUCGACAUGCUGGUGUCGUAGAUCAAGUUUCCGCUAUUACAGAAGCUGCCAUGAAUGGUGAAAUUGAUUUCAAGGAAUCCUUACGUAGACGUGUUGCUUUGUUGGAUGGCACAAGCGUUGGUGUACUUGAAAAUGUGAAAAAGAUUUUGACAUUCACAGAAGGUGCUCGCUUCUUGUGUCGUGCCUUAAAGAAACUUGGUUUCAAAUUGGCUGUUAUUAGUGGUGGUUUUAUGCCUUUAGCCCUUUAUGUCAAGGCAGAAUUAGGGUUAGAUUACGCCUUUGCCAAUCAGCUUGAAGUAUCUUCUGACGGUCUUACAUUAACUGGUAAAACCAUUGGCCCUAUUGUGGAUGGCAUUCGUAAAGCCGAAUUGUUAGAAGUGAUUGCACAGGCAGAAGGCUUGACUUUGAACCAAGUUAUUGCUGUUGGUGAUGGUGCUAAUGAUUUAUGGAUGCUUAAUAAGGCUGGUUUAGGUAUUGCCUUUAAUGCUAAACCACGUGUACAAGAACAAGCUAGAGCUCGUAUCAACCAAAAGAGUUUGAAGUAUGUCUUGACAUUAUUAGGUUAUUCAGAUCGUGAUAUGGAAGAAUUAGGAGGAAGUUAUCAAUAAACAAGAUUAUAGAUUAUUUACAGAUAAUUGUUGUUCUGAUAAUAUCUAGAGACCUGAUUACUCAAACCAAUAAACAAAGAAGAAUAAAUGUAUACCCACUAAUAUGAUCC